AUGGAUGCGGCCGAAGCCAGUGCGAGAUGGUGUGUGGUCACUGGCGGCCGCGGCUUCGCGGCGAGACAUCUGGUGCUGAUGCUUCUCCGCUCCGGCGAGUGGCGCGUGCGCGUGGCCGACCUGGCCCAAGUCAUCUCUCUCGACCGAGACGAGGAGCAGGGUAUCCUCGGGGCCGCCAUCCGCGAAGGACAAGCCGUUUACGCGUCCGCCGACCUCCGCGACAAGGCCCAGCUGGCCAAAGCUUUUGAGGGGGCAGAAGUAGUUUUUCAUAUGGCUGCUCCAGACUCAUCCAUCAACAACUUCCAUCUUCAUUAUUCGGUGAAUGUUGAAGGAACAAAGAAUGUCAUUGAUGCGUGUAUCUAUUGCAAGGUGAAGCGACUUAUCUACACUAGUUCACCAAGUGUAGUUUUUGAUGGUGUUCAUGGAAUUUUUAAUGCAGAUGAAUCAAUGCCUUACCCAGAUAAGUUUAAUGAUUCGUAUUCAGAAACAAAGGCAGACGCAGAAAAAUUGGUGAUGAGAGCUAAUGGUAGGUAUGGGCUUCUUACUUGUUGUAUACGCCCAAGUAGCAUUUUUGGGCCCGGUGAUAAGCUACUGGUUCCUUCUCUGGUUGCUGCUGCAAGGGCAGGCAAGUCCAAAUACAUAAUUGGUGAUGGGAACAACUAUUAUGAUUUCACCUACGUUGAAAACGUUGCCUAUGGCCAUGUUUGUGCGGACAAAACUCUAUCAUCUGAAGAUGGUGCAAAUCGAGCUGCUGGAAAAGCCUACUUCGUGACAAAUGUGGAGCCCAUAAAAUUCUGGGAGUUUAUGUCAUUGAUUCUAGAUGGUCUUGGAUAUCAAAGGCCUUCAAUAAAAAUUCCUGUCUCUGUUAUGAUGCCAUUGGCUCAUGUGGUGGAAUGGACUUACAAGUCGUUCUGCAAGUAUGGCAUGAAGGUUCCUCAGUUGACACCGUCAAGGAUCAGGCUCCUCUCAUGCAAUCGAACAUUCAGUUGCUCAAGAGCGAAAGAUCAGCUUGGUUAUGAACCCAUUGUAUCACUCAAGGAUGGGCUGAAGAGAACAAUAGAGUCGUAUUCCCAUAUGCAAGCUCAGAAUCAAAGGAGUAUAUCAAAGACUUCGAUUUUGCUUGGGAAUGGAAAUGUUGCAAAAACGCUUCUUUGGGAAGAUACGAAGCAAACAAUGACAGUGCUACUACUAUUGGCCGUUAUCUACUACCAGUUAUUCACAUGUGGUUACACCAUUAUCACAGCAAUGGCAAAAAUUUUCUCACUAACAGCACUGUUCUUGUUCAUUCAUGGCAUGCUCCCUGCAAAUGUGUUUGGCCACAAGAUUGAGAAACUUGAGCCCUCAAACUUCCACAUCUCACAGGUGGAGGCACAUCAUAUUGCUUGUUCAGUCAGUUCAUCAUGGAACUCAUUAGUUGGCGUGCUAAAAUCUCUUUGUAGGGGAAAUGAUUGGCCACUUUUUCUCAAGGUGGUAUUCUUCCUACUGGUUGUUAGCAUCCUUAGUGCCAUGUCUUCGGAGGCUGCAUUUAAAAUAGGUAUUCCUCUCAUUUUCAUAGGCUUCAAAGCAUAUGAGAAAUGGGAGGACACAAUUGACAGCCUGGUGGGUGAUGCUUGUUCGUUCGUUCUACAGUUUACUCCUAUCCAGAUAUCUUCAAGGCAGAAACAAACAUAG